UUUAAAAACAUUCAUAAUCAUACAAUUCUCUAGCUGAGUUUUGCACAAGGAAUGAAUACGACUGCUCACGAUGUAAUAAAAUAUUAAUGGUAAUUUAAAGCAGAAAAAAUUAGAAUAUUCUUAGCAAAACAAUUACAAAGACCGCCAAAAUGCCGAAUAGAAAUAAUAUUGAUAACAUAUCACUAUAUACUUGUUCUGAUAACACACACAUUUGAAACUACAGCAUGAUGGAUCGUUCAAUACAGAAAAUAAUCUAUUAAAUUAAACAUAUUUUUUUUUAAUUCACUAUAUACUUGGACUGAUUUGUUAUACGAUGGAAAACAAAAUAAUUUGUGUGCCCGGACAAAGACUUUGUCAAGUUGAUGCAACACAUACUCAAGGAAAAGGAACGUACAAAAGACAAGAUUACAUUUAUUCUAGUGUAGCUGGAAUUGUAAAUGUAGAUGACUCUAACAAAAUAUCAGUGAUAGAGGUCCUAAGUAAAGAUAAAACUAUCGUUCCAGCACCAGGAGAUAUUGUUACAGCAAUGGUCACAACAAUUAACCAAGAUAUGUGCAAAUGUUUGAUAACUAGUGUCUGUGGACAUGAAUUGAAUGAAACCUACAGGAGUAGCUUACGAAAACAAGAUGUACGGACUAAAGAAAUCGACAAAAUUGAUAUGCUACAAUGUUUUAGGCCGGGUGACAUAAUUUUGGCUAGAAUUCUGCCAAUGACUGAAGCACAUACAUUUAAACUUACUACAGCUGAAAAUGAACUUGGUGUAGUCAUUGCCUGCAGUGAAUAUGGCUUUCCAAUGAUUCCAAUAAGUUGGACUGAAAUGCAAUGUACUAAAACCAAUGUAAUUGAAACCAGGAAAGUAGCUAAAAUUGUUCAAGAAAAGAAAACAGCAGAAAAUGUUUAAAAAUGUUAACUAUUUUUUUUUUAUCAUAUGCAUUAAUAAUUGUAUGUGUAACA